UGGUGAGGUUCAGGGAACUAGUAGCUCGAGGAAGUCGGAAGCCUGUGUCUUGUGAUGAUCCUGCCCUUAGCUCUGAUGUGGUUUUCUGGGUCUCAUUCAGUUCAUCUGUAGAACAGAACACGGAUGAUGGAAGUGGAUGUGACCAUCUCUUAAAGCUUAAAGCCACAAAGGUUUAAUUUUUGGUUUUAGGACUGAGUGACUUCACAGGCUUUUUGUUUGCAGCGCUGGGGGUUGAACUCAGGGCCUCACGCAUGCGAGACAAGCCCUUGCCGUACACCCUCAGAACCAAACCAGGGCUAUCCACUCCACCUCUCCAGAGGCCUGACUGGCUCUGCUCACACACAAUAAUUAACAACUGAGUGGCCUUCGCCCAGCCUCAGCCUCCAUUCCUGGGCUUCAUUCCCACUGACUGCUCCACAGCCCCCGUCUCCUAGGCCACUAAACCUCAGCAGUCUCCAGGAACGAAAGCACGGAAAGCCUAGAGCAGAGCGGAAGCCUGAACCAGUCCUGAGAGCUGCUUCCGUUCCCAGGUAUUCCGAUUGUCUUCUCUUUACGGACCACAUACUCUAAGGAGGUGGAGAGAGGUCUGGGCUGGGCCCAGCUCUCCGAGCUUUAGUCUGUGCUCCAAGCAGGCAGGGCUGUUUGACCCCGCAGGAGCUGAAGACGACACAUCUGGCGCUCCAGCAGGACUGAUUUCCCUGGCCUGGGCUUGGAGAUCAGAGGUCUGCCAUGGCUCAGCUGAUGACAACACAGUUGCUGCUCCUGCUGAUCUGGGUGACCGAGUGUGCCCGGGCCAGAACUGAGCUGCUCAAUGAUUGCAUGGAUGCCAAGCACCACAAAGAGAAACCAGGCCCCGAGGACAAUUUACACAACCAGUGCAGUCCCUGGAAGAAGAAUUCCUGCUGCACCGCAAACACAAGCCAGGAAGCUCACAAGGACAUUUCCUACCUGUACCGAUUCAACUGGGACCACUGUGGAAAGAUGCCAUCGAAAUGCAAACGACACUUUAUCCAAGACACCUGCCUCUACGAGUGUUCUCCUAACUUGGGACCGUGGACCCAGCAGGUGGACCAGAGCUGGCGCAAAGAACGAAUCCUUGAUGUCCCCCUGUGCAGAGAGGACUGUCAGCAAUGGUGGGAGGACUGCCGCGCCUCUCUCACCUGCAAGAGCAACUGGCACAAGGGGUGGAACUGGACCUCCGGGUAUAACCAGUGCCCUGUAGGGGCCUCCUGCCAACCCUUCACCUUCUAUUUCCCUACACCUGCUACUCUGUGUGAGGAAAUCUGGAGCCACUCCUACAAACUCAGCAACUACAGCCGAGGGAGCGGCCGCUGCAUCCAGAUGUGGUUCGACCCAGCCCAAGGCAACCCUAACGAGGAGGUGGCGAGGUUCUAUGCUGAGGCUAUGGGUGGAGCUGAGCUUCACAGGGCCUGACCACUAGUGUGCAGCCUGUCCUUGAUGCUGCUCUGGGUGUUCGGCUGAGUCGUUCCUCUUCUGAUGCCUGGGGAGCUCCCUGCCUGGCUCAGCCUCUCACCUCCUAGCCUUCUUUGUGGUGGAACCUCAGACAGUCUGCUUAAAUAAACCAAACAUUCAAAAUCUGUCUUA